CCACGUCCUCGACGGGAAGCCGCUGGAGCGAGCGCUGUGCCGCAGCUGCGCCAUCGUCUCCAGCUCGGGGCAGAUGCUGGGCUCACGCCUGGGACGGGACAUCGACGGGCAGGAGUGUGUCCUGCGCAUGAACCAUGCCCCCACCGCCGGCUACGAGGAGGACGUGGGCUCGCGGAGUACCGUCCGGGUGGUGUCACACACCAGCGUCCCGCUGCUGCUGAAGAACCAGCCUUACUUCUUCCAGCAGUCCCGGGAGACCCUCUACGUCAUCUGGGGGCCAGCCAAAAAGAUGACCCGGGAGAAGUCGGGCACCACGUACCAGGCGCUGCUGAAGGUGAUGAAGACGUACCCCCACCUGCAGAUCUACACCCUGACCGAGGAGAAGAUGGCUUAUUGCGAUGACGUCUUCCAGAACGAGACGGGGAAGAACAGGGUGAAGUCUGGCUCCUUCCUGAGCACGGGGUGGUUCACCAUGAUCCUGGCCAUGGAGCUGUGCGACCAGAUCCGCGUCUUCGGCAUGGUCAGCGACAACUACUGCAGGGAGAAGAACCACUCCAGCGUGCCCUACCACUACUUCGAGAAGGGCCGGCUGGACGAGUGCAGGAUGUACCUGGCGCACGAGCGAGCCCGACGCGCCGGCCACCGCUUCAUCACUGAGAAAGCCGUCUUCUCCCGCUGGGCCAAGAGGAGGAACAUCAUCUUCACCCACCCGUCCUGGGCAGGGGGGUAGGGCACCAGCCGUGGGGCGAGGUGGCGGGGACCCCAAGGAUGAGGUGGCUCUCAUCCUGCAACGAACGCGUCCCCGCUCCACCAGUGCUACGGUUGAAAGCCUUUUGCCAAACUCCAGAGUGGGGAGUGUCCAUUUCUGCAGCAGCAGGGCUGGUUCCCCUAGACGUGGGGCUGGGACCCCCCAUGUUGGUGCACGGGGGAGGUGUGAGCUGGACCCACAGAGCCCCAUCGGCUCCGAACGCCUGCCAUGGACCCAGGGUGACCAUGAAGGUUUUCCACCCGCUCUACUGAGAUGAAUAUUUAAUGCAGGAUUAAACUUUCACAUUGUCGAGCUCCAGCGCGACAUGGGGCCUCCCCCAGGGAUGAAACUUCAUCUCAGCCCUUACCCCAAGACCCAGCACUGGCUGUGGGGAGCUGGGGCUGGGCCCUCCCCAUCCCGCUGACCCCAGGCAGCUCUUGCUGCCCCUGUGCCCCCCAGCCGGGAAGCCAUGGGGCCACGUGUGGCCCUGGGGGCUCCGAGUUGCCUUGUCACAAGUGCCCUUGGAUUCAGACCAAAGCGAACGUGGCCAUUAAAAGUGUUUUUAACUCGG